AUGACGCGUCGAUCUCGACCACCUUUACCUCCACCCCCACCUCCUCCUAGAUCAACAACAAAACCACAUUCUUCACAAAAUUCAGCAUGUUUAUUGAAUGAAUCAAUUAAAUCUAAGAAGAAUAGUAUUACUGGAAAUAAUCAUAAUACUUAUUGGUGGGAUGUUGCACAUGUAACAAGUCGUCAUUAUGAACAAGAACAAAGUACAAAUAAAGAACGACGACUUACAUUUCGUCGUAUUGUUAAAAUAUGUAUUUAUAUUAUAUUUUUUUGUGUUGUUCUUACAUCCGCUGUUGUUAGUAAACUUAGUUUAUUUACAAUGAUUAAUGCAUAUAAAACUCGUGAACAGCCUAAAAUAUAUAUUAUUCGAUGGCAAAUACUUCUAAUUAUUACUAUGAGUGUACCAUAUCUAUUAACAUUUAUACACAGUGUUCAAUUAUCGGUUUUUUGUAUAAAACAUUCUCCACCAUUUUUUCUUGCUAUAUGGGUUCAUAUUGUUGAAGCAUGUCAUACAGCUGGUUUAUCAUUACUUGUCUUUCGUAUAUUACCUUCAAUAGAUAAUGUAACUAGUUUAUUUAUAUUAAAUGGUGUAUGUAUAAUACCUGCAAUAUUAAAUCUUUUUUCUUCUCAUCGUGGUCUUAAUCGAACAUUGAAAGUUUUAACAUUUUUAACUGAUAUUGCAUCUUUUCUUAUGCAAUUAACGGCAUGUUUUAUUCCAUAUAUUCUUUCAACAAACGAAAAAUUCUCUAAUGAAUUUCAAUGGCAAUUACCAUUAGCACUUUUUCUUAUAUCACUGGGUUAUUGGGAAAGUUUUAUUGAAACUCGUAUAUCAAAACAAAAUUUUUUCAAAAGGUUUCAAAAUGGUAUAAGAUCAUUAAGAAAAACUCGUCCAAAAAUUUAUAUUACAGCAAGUCUUUUAAAAAUAUUUGUAUUAAUAAUAACAGCUAUUUAUUUUUUACCAAAAACAAUUGAUAAAAAAUUAUAUUUAUCCAUUUUUGAACAAAUACCAAUUGGUUAUAGUGAUACAAAUAUUAGUCGAGUUCUUGGUGGUGGUCUUUUUGAUGAAAAUAUAGAUCUUUUUCGUAUUACAUAUGAAGUUUAUAUACCAUUAAUUAUACAAAUACUUUCAUCAUGUAUUUGUUAUUAUACUGGACGUAUUGCAUGUAAAGUAUUAAUGCAAAGUUUUGGUUUUUCCUUACCAUUAACAUUAUCAACAUUAAUUGCUUAUAUAGUAUUAUUUUUUGUUCAAGGUUUUAAAAAUAAAAAAGAUAUUAUUGCUAUUGGUCAUCUUUUUUAUCUCGAUAAACCACAAGCACUUGGUUCCAAACUUUUAAUUAUUUCUUUAAUUGGAUUUUUGCUUUUAUGGUUAUCAAAAAUGAAAAUAACAAGUCAUGUUUGGUUUCCAACAACUGAACGAUUAGCAAUGAUUUAUAAAUUAUUUGUUCUUCCUUAUUAUGAAUCAGCUAUUGUUGAACAAAAUUUAUUACUUAAUAAACAACAAAAAGAUGAAACAGAAUUGAAAGAUCAAAUUGAACCUGAUUUAACACUUGAAAGAAAAUUUCCUGUACCAAUGAUUUAUGUAUGUGCAACAAUGUGGCAUGAAACUACAAAUGAAAUGGUUCAAUUACUUAAAUCAAUCUUUCGACUUGAUUCUGAUCAACAUGCUCGUCGAACAGUUCAAAAAAAUUUACGUAUACUUGAUCCUGAUUAUUAUCGAUUUGAAACACAUAUUUUAUUUGAUGAUGCAUUUGAAGAUGAUGAAAAUGGUAAUCGUAUACCAAAUCGUUAUGUUAGACAAUUAGUUCCUGCUGUUAAUGUUGCUGGAGCAUAUGUUCAUGGUGUAGAAAAAAUUGUCGAAGAUCCAAUUAAAAUUCCAACACCUUAUGGUGGACGUCUUGUUUGGUUAUUACCAGGAAAAAAUCGUUUAAUUGUUCAUAUGAAAGAUAAAAGUUUAAUUCGACAUAAAAAACGAUGGAGUCAAGUUAUGUAUAUGUAUUAUUUACUUUCAUUUAAAUUAUUACGUCGUAAACAAGGUGGACAUAAUGUAUCACAACAUACAACAAGAUUAGAUACAGAAUUUAUUGGAUUUAGUGAAUUUUUAAGAAAUUUAUCAGAAGAUAAAAAGAUUGCUGCUCAAAAUACAUUCGUUUUAGCACUUGAUGGAGAUGUUGAUUUUAAACCUGAAGCUGUUCUUUUAUUAGUUGAUCGUAUGCGUAAAAAUCCAAAAGUAGCAGCAGCUUGUGGUCGAAUUCAUCCGACGGGUGAUGGACCUAUUGUUUGGUAUCAACAAUUUGAAUAUGCUGUUGGUCAUUGGCUUCAAAAAGCUGCUGAACAUAAAUUAGGUAGUGUUCUUUGUUGUCCUGGUUGUUUUUCACUUUUUCGUGGUUCAUCAUUAAUGGAUGAUAAUGUUAUGCGACGUUAUGCAGAUAAAUCAACUGAAGCAGCACAUUAUGUACAAUAUGAUCAAGGAGAAGAUCGUUGGUUAACAACACUUCUUCUUCAACAAGGUUAUCGUGUUGAAUAUUGUGCAGCAUCGGAUGCAUUUACACAUGCACCCGAAACAUUUAAAGAAUUUUUUAAUCAACGUCGUCGUUGGAUGCCAUCAACAAUGGCAAAUAUAGUUGAUUUACUUAAAGAUACAAAACAUACAACAUAUGUUAAUGAAAAUAUUUCAAAAUUAUAUAUGUUCUAUCAAGCUGUUCUAUUUGUAUCAACAAUUUUAGGACCAGGAACUAUUUUAUUAACAAUUGCAUCAGCAUUACGUACUGUUUUUUCAGCAUUAACUAUAGCUGAAUCAUAUACAAUAUCAAUUUUACCAGCAUUUUUCUAUAUACUUGUAUGUCUUAAAACAAAAUCAAAUACACAAAUUGCUAUUGGUGCUAUUAUGACAGCUAUCUAUGCAUUGGUUAUGUCAAUGGUACUUGUAGCAACAGCUGCACAAAUUCUUAAAUCAGGUUUCUUAGAUCCAAGUGCAGUUUUUUUACCUAGUGUUGCUAUAACAUUUAUUAUUACUGGUUUACUUCAUCCAAAGGAAAUGUUUAAUUUAAUUCAUGGUUUUCUUUAUCUUAUAACAAUUCCCGGUGGUUAUCUUCUACUUGUUACUUAUGCUUUAUGUAAUUUACAUGUUGUUUCAUGGGGUACAAGAGAAACAGUUGAAAUUGUACAAAAAAAGAAAAUAAAUAAAUCAGGCGAAAAAAUAAUUGUUACGGAAGAUCCGAAAAAACGUCGAACAACAGAUGUUCUUAAUGAUAUGCUUUGGGGUAAUAGUAAUGAUGGACAACGUGGAUUUAUUCAUCAAAUGGGUGAUGUUAUUGAAAAUGUUUUUCGACCAACAGCUAAACGACAAGAAAUGUUAUUACAACAAAUUAUUACUAAACUUGCUUGUGAAAAUUCAAAUCAUGAAACAAAAAAAUUAAACGAUAUUAAUAUACAUGAAACAAUUAAUACAGAUUUACUUAUUAUAUCAAAUGAAAAUGAUUUACAUGAUAAUUAUUCAUCAAAUACAACAUUAACAACAUCAAUAUGUAAUAAAUCUCGAAAUAAUAUGAUUAAUCCAUAUUGGUCAGAAUUAUCAUGGUUUGGUGAAGAUUCAGUUAUUGGUUAUCUUCGUACAGAUGAAAUAACAUUUUGGCAACAACUUUUAUCAAAAUAUUUAACACCACUUAAUAAAGAUAAAGAAGAAGAACGACGUAUACAAAAUGAUUUAAUUAAUUUAAGAAAUAAUGCUGGUUUUGCAUUUUUUAUGCUUAAUGCUAUUUGGAUUAUUUUACAAUUUCAAUUUGAAUAUAUUGCAACAAAAUUUACAGAAUUAAUGAUUGAUAUUGGUCAAUUAUUUGGACAAUCUGGUACAAAAGUACAAUUGUUAGGUUUAUUAUUUAUGAUAUUUUUUGCAUCAUGUAUGUUAAUACAAUUUAUUACAAUGCUUUUACAUCGUUGGGGUACAUUUAUUGAAAUAUUAGCUAGUACAAAAUUAUUUGAAAAACAUCGAAAAUAUAAAUUAAAACCUGGUUCUGAUAUAGCUGGUAUGACAAGUCAAGAAGUAGCUGAAGUUUUACGUGAAUUAGAUAUUCAAUUAGUUGUACCACCUAUUACAAAAGUACCAAAACAAAGUGUAACAUUUCAAAUGGAACCUGUUAUUAAUGAACAAAAUGAUAUUCAAAGUCCAGAUUAUGAUGAAGACGAAGAUGAUGAUGGUGAUGAUGACGAUGAAACAGAUGAUUUUGAAGAUGUGUAUACUGAACCACCUAUUGAUUAUUUUGAUCAUCCUGUUGUACAAGAAGCUGCUGAUGAAAGUCGUCUUCGUAUAAUAUAA